GAACUGGUCAGCUCAGUGUUUACGUUGAGAUGCUCACAACAAAGGACAGUACACCGCGGAGAGCCUGUCAUUUAAAAUAAAGCACACUGGAUAUCCUCCUUAAAGGGUGAACAUUUACAACUCACAACACCAGGGACAGAGGGCAAAAUAGUGCAAGUCCUCACUGACUUCAUCUUUUACGUGGCGUGCUUUUGUUUUUCUUUUUGGUAAACCAGUCCACAGGGGAGGAAUUAAAGACAAAAAUCUUCCUUUUUUUGUGCCGGUUAAUUGUUAGCUAGCGUGCUAGCCUCAGCAAGUUCGGAGAAGCAGCAGCUGGUGGAGAAGCUAACGAGCCAGUCAGUCAGCCAGCCACGCCGGAGACGUGGGAAAUAAAAAGGACCUUGUCAUUUACAUUGCAGGCAGGACAAGUGCCGCUGCAAGAGACGGACACAUGAGGCAUGAGAGGGUGGAGCUGAGGCUCAGCUGACCCUUCCCCUUCUUCCUCCUCCUUUCCCCGGUCGUCCAUUCGAUCAGCACUUCCCCCUCCCUCCCCCUUCUUUCCCCUUCCUGCAUCCCCCACCCUCUUGGGUCUCACCCAUCUUACCUUCCCUCCUCCAAACCUCAAUCAGCUGUGCCCAAUGUACUCCCCGGAGCAGGAAAACAUCUCCACCACCGCCUCCACCAAAGUGCCAGUGAAGUAUGGAGAGCUCAUUGUGCUGGGGUACAAUGGCUCUCUGCCUAAUGGGGACCGAGGCAGACGUAAAAGUCGUUUUGCACUAUGUAAGAGACCGAAGGCGAAUGGGGUGAAACCCAGCACAGUUCACGUCGCCUGCUCUCCACAGGCAGCCAAGGCCAUAAGCAACAAAGACCAGCACAGCAUCUCUUACACUCUGUCUCGAGCGCAGACUGUGGUGGUGGAGUACACCCAUGACAGCAAUACAGACAUGUUCCAGAUUGGCCGAUCCACAGAGAGUCCUAUAGACUUUGUUGUGACGGACACUGUGGCCGGCAGUCAGAGUAAUGCAGAUACUCAGUCGGUCCAGAGCACCAUCUCCCGCUUUGCCUGCCGCAUUAUGUGCCAGCGCACGCCGCCUUACACCGCCCGCAUCUAUGCUGCGGGAUUCGAUUCCUCUAAGAACAUCUUCCUCGGGGAGAAAGCUGCUAAGUGGAAGACGUCAGAUGGUCAGAUGGACGGGCUGACCACCAAUGGCGUGCUAGUUAUGCAUCCUCGUAACGGCUUUACCCAGGAUUCAAAGCCAGGCGUCUGGAGAGAAAUCUCAGUCUGUGGCAACGUCUUCACCUUACGAGAAACCCGCUCAGCACAGCAACGGGGAAAGAUGGUGGAGACUGAGUCUCAGGAGCUGGUGGACGGCUCUCUCAUUGACCUCUGUGGUGCUACCCUGCUGUGGCGAACAGCUGAGGGCCUGUCCCGCACCCCCACCCUCAAACACCUGGAGGCGCUGAGGCAGGAGAUCAAUGCGGCCCGUCCACAGUGUCCCGUGGGCUUCAACACACUCGCCUUCCCGUCCAUGCGGCGUAAGGACACACCUGAUGAGAAACAGCCGUGGGUCUACCUCCACUGUGGCCAUGUGCACGGCUACCACAACUGGGGCAACCACCGCGAGGAGCGCGAGGGCCGAGAGGGCCGGCUCAGGGAGUGCCCCAUGUGCAGGGCCAAGGGGCCCUAUGUGCCGCUGUGGCUGGGCUGCGAAGCGGGUUUUUAUGUGGACGCCGCUCCACCCACACAUGCCUUCAACCCCUGUGGCCACGUUUGCUCAGAGAAGACGGCGUCGUUUUGGAGUCAGAUCCCACUGCCCCACGGCACACACACCUUCCACGCCGCCUGCCCGUUCUGCGCCCAGCAGCUGACGGGAGAACAGGGCUACGUCAGACUCAUCUUCCAGGGCCCUCUGGACUGAGGACAGCAAACUCCCAGCAUCCUCUGGGUGGAGUAGUGUGGGGAGUCGCUUCAUUUUGGACGUUGACUCUGCAUUAAGAAAGUGUAGCUCCCACAGACUUUUAGUUCUUCUACAGUUAAUAUAUAAACUUUUUUUCUGGACAUUUUGUCUCUCAUUUUUAAGUGACCUUUGUAUUGCUUUUUCAUGAAUGACGACAAAGAUUUCUAUAUUUUCAUGUGAAACCAGAGACACAAAAACCAAACAAAGAACACUGCUGGGGUUGUUUCUCAGAAAGAACUUUUAAAAACAGUAUUUGCAUAAAUUACUAACACACCGUAGGGCAAACAGAUGAUUUUUAUUCAUGUUUAUUGUUGCAAUAUACAUCUGUGUACAUCUCUUAGAGCUAAUUUAAACAAAGAUGUUUAUUUAUGGCCCAGAAAACAUUGCUUCAUCCUUUACCUGUCAGAUAUACCUAUCUUCAAUACUAUUUAGCAUUUAAUUUGAGAAUACAGUAUAUUGUUCAGAUAUAAAGUUGUAGGUGUGUUCUGAGGAUUACGUUCUGUGUCUUUCCGUCAUGUUCACCUCUCAGAUCUGUUUGUCGUAUUUAUAUCCGUCCAACCCCUGGCGUGAUUUCGCUUUAUAUAACGUGUGUUCGGUUUUACUUCUCUCUCAUUAGGCAUCACCAUGGCCUUUUCACAUUUUAAAGCAAUAGAUUUGGAAGGAAAACCUCCUAAAGCAUUAUGGGAAACUGAGUCCUCAAGGCAUCUUGUGUAAGCAGCCAGCCCUUUAAAGCGAAAACCCUUCUGUGUGGAUGAGUGAAUCUUUCUGAUAACAGGUUAUGCAUGAUACCGCAGCCAUGUAGCUACUGUCACAUGACACGCUGAUAACUACACAAACACACACACAAAUGAAUUACACAGCGGAUCAGUGUUGGCACGGUUUGGUUUGUUCUGCUGAUCUGCUGUCACAGUUGGGGUUUACCUGCACAGAUGAAACUAGAGAUGACUGGCGUUUUCAUCAGUGUUAACUGUCACAGUUUUCCAACAUUUUAAUACUUGCAGCAUCGAAGUGUUUUGUAUGACACCUUCAAGCUAAAGACAUUUAGAUCAGAUUUCUGUACCUCACUGAAUAGAAAAGAUAUCACCUGGUCAGUGUUUUAUUAUGGAAUAAGCUUUACAAUGGCGUUAUAUAAAUCAUGUGACUUUAUCAUCAUUUACUUGCAGAAAAUAUUCAGAUUUUUUGCCUAAUUCUUGAAAAUGCAAAAUCCUGGUAAGUUAUUCCAUAGGAUAUUCAGUUGAGCGUACCCCAACUAGUAGUAGUGUUUUCAUUAGUCAUUCAUAUCCUGUUGAUACUCUGUCGCUUAUAAAAGUAUUGUUUCUUUUCCCAAACAUAAAUGUGGACUUUCUUGGGGCACAUUUAGCAGUGAGGAUCUUGAUCUUUGCUCCAUCUGAGUGGAAACAGAGGUUAUGUCUCGAUCUGUAACAUCCCAAAUGCCAUGACCAGAAAAUGCUCCUUUCGGAAAAGGAAUAUAUAGAAACAAUAUAUGCUGUUACAUGGCAUUUGUCAACUUCACAAUAUUACCUUGUAAGGAAUAAUGUUGGAAUAUGAAUGUGUAUGUAAUCACAGUCAGUGAGCCGAUUUGUUUCUAAAUAUUGUGAUAAUAUAUGUCUGAAAUUAUGCACAAAGGCCCAGUUUUUAGUAACAGCAACUGAAUCCUUCACAAACUGUGGGAAAACAUGUAUGAAUACUCCACAUCCACCAUUGUACAACAUCAUCCUGACUCUUUGAACAACUGCAGACCUUGAAGGGUUUUAUAUUCGUCAGUAUUGUAAGACGCUGUUGUUUUCUACCCAGUAACUACGCCUCAUAUUUCAGGUUGAUCACGAUUUCCUUUUGAUUUCAGAUAUCCGGCACUACUUCAGGUAUCAUGAAAUACAAAUAUGCAAAUACACAGAUAUUUUUUUUUUGUUUUCUCCGUGCAGGAAGCCCCUCCUGUCUUUAAUUCCAGCUGUAGCCUUUUGACUCAGGUUUGACGAGUUUAUGUUUUAAAUCCAAAAUGCAACGUUUCUCGUCAUGAAUGUGUCCGUCUACGUGAAGUAGUUAAAACUGAAUGAGCUCCACACUGAAGACAUGAUAUCAGGACUGCCUCUUUCUGCUGUUUUUACAGACUGGAAGUCAUUCUUUUGACUUUUCUGACUAUUUUUUAUGAAUCCUAACAUCUGUCACUUUCAAAGUCCAAAUGUGAUGUGACGAUUAGUGUCGGUUAGGAACAAAAAUAUAAUGUAGCACCGAGUACGGGGUCCACGUUAUAAGACAAUUUUGAUUGGGAUACAAGAAUGUCCACUCCAGGUUGUGAGAUUACAAGAAUUAAUGUGAAAAUGAAAAUGUAAGACUCAUUUAAUUUCCUGCAUAGUCAUUUUGCUCAUAUUGUAGCAGUGAGUGAGCUGUUGAUGAUUUGGUCCAUCAUUAUUUUUUCUCAUUAUUUGAACUUCAGACAGAAAAAGCAGCUGUGUUGAUGUAAUAACAUAAAGCAUGAGUGGACAGAACAGAGGUUUAACCGCCUGUAAAGCCAGAUGUUUGUCAGUUUACUUCCCUGUGGACUGAAUUAUGACCAAUAAGAGCCGACUUUCAUCUGUUUCCCAUGAGGCUUUUCAUUGUAAGCGCAAAUACGUUUUUUUUUUUUUAUUUUUAUACUGAACAUGAAGGUGUUCUCGACCUGAUUCUACCUCUAGAACAUGGGUCGGCAACCUUUGCAAUCUAAAGAGCCAUUUUAGGACUGAAAUAGAAAAAAAAAAUGUCUGGAGCCAAAAGAUAUCAUUAUAUCUUUCUUCAAAGUUGUAGCUGUUUUAAGAAGCUCUUUAGGAUUAGUUUGUGCAGAAUAUGUGGAGAAUAAUUAUACUUUUCUUUUUUCUUUUGUUCAGACAAGGUAUAGUUUUUAGAUGUUACCUGCUUGACUAUACCUUGUCUGAACAAAAGAAAAGUAUAAUUACAUUAACAGAAUACAAAAUGAAUGUCAUUAGCCUUAUGUUGAGAAUGAAUGAAAGUUUCAGUGUAUUUACAGAACCACAAAGAAAUUACAGAACUGAAGAAAAUGGAUAUUUGUCACUAUUUUCAUUCAAAACCUAACUGGUAUGUGAAGACUUUCUUUGCAAUGAAGAAUACAGAUGAGUAGCUUCAGUGUCUUAGAAUUAAGAAGUAAUCUACUUCUACUACUACUACUAUUUUUUUAAAAAUUCAUUUGGAGUAUAGUCUACAUUCUUACAACUGCAUAACAUCAGAAUCACUUUAUGGUUGUGACAAUAAUGGCAAAAUGUGUAAAAAAAACAAAACAAAACAUAAGUGUCAUUCAUUUCCAUAGCCACAUUGAGCCAUCGGAAAAGGGCCCAAGAGCCCCAGGUUGCCCACCCCUGCCCUAGAGCGAUAUAAAAACUGCAGAAAGCAGUGAAAAAGGGAGUUGGCGGUCCUGAUAUCUUGCACAUUGUGUAAAAGUUCACAACUUCAUCCACUUGGAGCUUAAAGGCAAGAGGCACUGACACUGUAGAAACAUCUUUACUCCCAAAUUGUACACAGCUCGUCACGCUGUUUCAGGUCUGUGUGAGGUGUGAAUUCACAAAUAAUCUGCAGGUAUCAGUCGUGUGUAUGUGUGUGUCAGAGAGAGACUGUAAUUUAAGUGCUCAUGAUGAUUGUAUGUGUAAAGCUUUCAGUAUGUGUGUUUGUGUCCACACAGUUGUUCUCCACACAGUUUUCAUCAGUGUCUUCCCAGCGCUCGGACUGCAACACACACCGACCCACCUCAGGGAGAAAAAUAAACCCCACCUAUGUCACAUUCACACACACGAACACACUGAGCUGAGGUCUUAUGAGGAUACCUCGUCGGUCUAAGACUAUCAUGGACUUGAGUUUUGUGUCGUGUGUCCCUUACUGGUCUACUUGUGUUUUCAUUGGACUCUGAGGCUCCGUCUCUCUCUGUGGAGAAAGCAUGUGGGUUAGGGCUUCACUCUGUACUGUCGUCGUCAUCCUGUUUUUACUCGUCCGUCCAUCCCAUCAUCCUCCACCGGCUCCUCGUCUCCUCCAGAGUCUCCUUGUGCUUUUGAGGCAAAACAAAGAAUGUUUCCAGCAAACACUUUUUUGUAACAACUUUAAACAAUAAAGUGUAAAAGUGACAU